AUGUUCAAUGCAGCCAGUCUAAGCAUUCAUUCGCUUCCAAAGUUUCCUUUUAAUGUUUCCGCAAAUAAUAUUUUUUAUUGUUCAAAACAUAUUUAUAUAUAUCUAUAUCUCUCUAUCUAUAUCUCUCUAUCUAUAUCUAUCUAUCUAUCUAUCUAUCUAUCUAUCUAUCUAUCUAUCUAUAUCUAUAUAUCUAUAUAUAUAUAUCUACAUCUAUCUAUCUAUCUAUCUAUCUAUCUAUCUAUCUAUCUAUCUAUCUAUAUAUAUAUAUAUAUAUAUAAUUAUUUAUUUAAAAAUAUGAUUCCAACUCGCGACAUAAGAGGUCUCAUCGCAGCCAACGCAAUAAUUUACUGCAUAGACCUGAUAUCUAUCUAUCUAUCUAUCUAUCUAUCUAUCUAUCUAUCUAUCUAUCUAUCUAUCUAUCUAUCUAAGAAUGACAGAAUGGAAAAAGCUUUAAUAUCUAUCUAUCUAUCUAUCUAUCUAUCUAUCUAUCUAUCUAUCUAUCUAUCUAUUAUCAUCCACAGAGAGGCUGUUUCAUGUGACACAAAACCUGAAGUUUGUCUCACGCCUGGAUGUGCCGUAGCAUCGUCUCGACUCAUUCGAUCGAUUGAUGAAGCGAUCGAUCCAUGUGAUGACUUUUUUGAGUAUGCAUGCGGUCGCUGGGUAAAGAGACAUCCCAUUCCCGAUGAUUUAUCAUCUAUUGACACAUUCACAGUACUUCGGGAUGAAGUUGUAAACAUCCUUAAAGAUUUACUGGAAACUAGCAUAUCAUCCACAGAUGCAGUUGCAAUUCAAAAAGCAAAACUAUUAUAUAGAUCAUGUAUGAAUGAAUGCGGAUGGCCAGUACGAAAUGCAAGUUGGGAUCCUAAUUCAUUUAAUUUGGUUCCCCUUCUGGUGGCUCUACGGCGAUACAACACCCAACCAAUCGUUAGUAUCAUGGUGCGAAUUGACAGCAAAAACUCAACGAGGAACAUAAUCACGUUGGACACACCAGGCUUCGGAAUGCCCGGCCGGAAGUAUUAUCUGAAGAGCCGAAAUGACACGAAAUUGAAAGCCUACGAAAAACUGGCCGUGGAGAUGGCCAUCCAGAUGGGAGCCGACCCGAAACAGGCUCAGAAAGACAUGGGGGACAUUGUAGAUUUGGAGAUCAAUCUUGCCAACAUUAGUACGCCAAGUGAAGAGCGGCGUGAUAAUGAGAAGCUUUAUAACAAAAUGACCCUAAAGGAACUUUCUGAAAAUUUCAAAGGUUUCGAUUGGAUUUCUUACAUAACUCAGAUUAUGAACAUACCAAACAAAUCGAUACAUAUAAACGACACAGAAGAAGUAAUAAUUCGAGAUACGGCGUAUUUUACAAAUCUCAUGAAAAUUCUGAGUACAGACAAACGAAUUCUUGCGAACUAUGCAAUAUGGAUUUUCAUAAAAAGAGUUGGAAUUUACCUACCAGAACGAUUCCGCUUGUUGAUUCAGGAAUACGAUAAGGUAAUUACUGGUACGGCAUCAGCUCGUCCUCGCUGGCGGACUUGUACGUACUUUACGAAUGAGCAACUUGGAAAUGCAGUAGGGCGGAUGUUUGUACAACAGAACUUUGAUGACGAAGCAAAAUCUCAGGUAAGUGAUAUAAGCUUCUACCAUUCCAUAUGUUAA